GAUUUUAUCCCGGGGUCUCCACGGCCGAUUCAGUCACGGUUCGGGGCUGGUCGUGUCGUGCACGUAUGCGUCUCGGUAGCUAGCUUUAUCACGGCGUCAGUCAGCGCAGUUACAGUGUACCGUACCCUAUAGUCAGAAAGUCACCACUGCACGGGAGUCAGUGUGUUCGCGGCGCGCAGGAUGCAGCGUAUGCACGGAAUGCUGCUGCACGGUGGAAUUCAGUGAGGACAGUCAGUGAGGAGGGAUUGAAACAUUUUUCUUUGUGAAUUUCGGUGAAAUACAACAGUAGCUGGAUUGCGACGCGUGGUGACUCGGUUAACUCGGUGCGUGAUUCGGUGCUUCAGAGCUGUGUUAUGCGUAUUUUUAUUGGUGGAUGUGGAGCUUCGCACGUGAAAAGAGAGUCCGGAAUCCAGUGCUCCAGUGUUUUUUCUUCACUCGGUAAUGCGCGGUGUGGUGUGAUGUGCCGGUGGUGGUAGUGAUCCGAAUAAAUACUGCUGAAUAUUCAUGAUUAUAUUAAUUGACCAACAAGUUCGGGGCAAUCAAGCGAAAGAGUUGGGGCGGCUGGAAGCCAGCAGGAGGAAGCAAAAUAUUUGUGUUUCAUCGAGCGUAACAAGUGAAAUUUAAUUGGAAACGAAACGAAACUCCACGUGUGUGCGAGCGUGUGUGUGUUUUUCUGAUGGACCAACUCGGGUCCGAUAAUAAUAAUGUGCAGAAUUUCUGAAUAUCCGACGACCACUUGAUACCGUACGUCCGCUUACGGAAACAUUCGCAGGUAACCAGGCAGGACGAAGCGAAGAAAAAGAAGAGACCACACAGAAGUCGCUGCUGAAUAAACGGAUUAUACGGAAAAUUUGAAAAUUUCCCACCUCGUAACGGGCAUCAAUCAUCGUGGUUUGGGUGCGCUCGCCGCCAGUAGCAGUCAGUGGAACCGUCUGUGCUCAGGUUGAUGGUCGUCGUCGUCGUCGACGUCGUUCUAGCAUCAGCAGAGAGGCCAUUCGUGUGAGUUAGAGUGUGUCGGUGCUCGGGAAAAAUACCGGGGAAAAGCGUACAUCCGUACAUCCGGUCGAAUCAGCCGUCAGAGCAGACCAAGCGGUCCGUAGUGAGGCCAGGGAUCAUGGAUCAAAUUCACGCCUCGUCGAGUUCCACAUUGUGCUGCUGUUGCUGCUUCUGCUGCCAGCUAGUACGGUGCCGGAUCCGGUAGAAACGCGCGCGAGUGCUGAAGAAGAAGAGUGUGGCGUGGCGUUCUAGUUCCUCCUAUAGCUAACCUACUAAGCAGCACCAGGUGGAUUUUCCAGUCCGACACGGGUUUGUCGUCGUUGAGACUCGGAGUUUUCUGGUGGGUGGAAGUGAUUCGGUGUAUGUCGUCGUCGUACAGUGAGUGCUAGAAGCGUUGUACAGCACACCCCAUCAGGAUGGAUUAUGGAAUCGGUCGUCGACACGGCGGUAGUGGCAGUGCUCCACCGAUCCAGCUAUUGUGACGGGAUUUUAUCUGGAACAGAUGUAACUCUACGCCCACAGUGUUAAACCUCUAUUCAAUCGUUAAACAUGCAAAAAGUGUCCAGUCGUAAGUGUCCAACCAAAGAACCGGGCGAAAAUGAAUCACCAGCCCCGGUAGAAUCGCGGUGGUGAAUCCAGUGGUAUUAGUGUGCAAGAAAAAGCAGAGAAAUCAUUGUCCCCAAAACGCCUAUUACUCAUGUUCUCCGAGUGGUAGUAGUGCGAGUGAAAGUAGUGUGAGAACCCCCCGCGUCGCGCGCCAUCACAUUGCCAAUUAGAGCAUGUCCUCUUACCGUUCGUCGCCGACGUCGUCGUCGGAUCACUUCCGGAUGAUGGCACCAUCGAAGCGAAUUCGAUCCCAACGCCACCGCCACAACGAUGGCGACGACGACAACGACCAGCAUCGAAUGUUACGUCGUCGUUGGCGCCAGCAGCGACCACUACCAUCAUCCGGGUCCUGGCCGUCAUCGUUAAAAGCCAAUCCAUCAACCGUCGACGUCGUCGAGGACGAGGACGACGGCGGCGUCGGCGGCGUCGCGAUGGAUUCGGGCAAUGAGCUCCACCUCCAGCUCCUCCUCAGUAGUGCUAAUCGUAGUGUUGCGGGCGCGGGUGAAAGUGGGGUCAGUGGGAAGAUGUAUCGAUUUCAGAAGCGGUUGGACUUGCAGCAGCAGCAUCACAAGUGCAAGUCCUACCGGAGAACGUUCGGGUCCGCCUGGUGGGGGUCGUCCUGGUGGGAUGAAGUGUCGUCAAUCGGUGGCCAUGACGGUGGUGGUCAUUCAUCAGCAGCGGUGAUAGGCCGUAGCAGUCGAAGCAGAAGCAACAGCAAAAGCAGCGGUGACAGUGAAGAGAUUGAAGGCCGUCGAUGGAGGUGGAGUGCAGGAGGUUGGGUGAGGUGGUGGGGAAGUGGACGCGGUGGUUGUGGACGAUCGAAUGUCUUCCUGGUGGUGGUUCUGUUCCUGCUGGCGGGAUUCUGCACUCGGAGUGGAUGCGACGACACCGAUCAGUUUCAAAAGAGCAGAAAGUUUACACCCACCACCGCCACAGUAGAUACCAUUCCCGCCCGGACGGUAUGGGCCGCCGAGGGCCACCUAGCUGAACUCCCAUGCGACAUCACCGCCCAAGCUCCGGACGCCGUCAAGGUGGUCCUGUGGUUCAAGGACCUAAUCGGUGUUCCCAUCUACUCGGUGGACUCCCGCAGCGGAGUGUCGGUGCUCGAGGGCAUCCAGUGGGCCACCGGAGAUGACCUGGGUAAAAAACUUAAGAUUUCCAUUACGGAAAACCUCAAGGAAGCCCGACUCCAGAUCAGCAACAUCAACCAAUCGGACUGCGGCGUGUACCGGUGUCGGGUGGACUUCUUCAACUCACCCACCCGAAACUAUCGGUUCAACCUGACGCUUGUCGUGCCACCAGAAGAGCCGCGGAUAUUCGACGCCCAGGGUAAGGAGAUCGCCACCGUGGCGGGACCCUUUCGAGAGGGGCACGAGCUAUUCCUGUCCUGUCAAGUUUCGGGAGGUCGCCCACCGCCGCGGGUGUCCUGGUGGCACAGCGAUAAGGAAAUAUCCGGCACCAGUCAUCCGUCCGCCAUCGAUGGCGCCGCAGCCAUGGUCAACCAGCUGUUCCUCGGGACGGUCACCCGGGAGCUGUACGGAGCGAAGUUUCGCUGCAAGGCAGCCGUGUCCAAGCUGAUACAGCCGCUGUCGAAGGAGGUCUCCAUUCAAGUGCACCUGAAACCCCUCCGGGUGAAGAUCGUUACCCCUAAUGAGCUGCUGAACGCGAAACAAGCCGUACCCAUCAGGUGCAAUGUGUGGGGUUCCUUCCCGGCGGCCAAAAUCGUCUGGCUGCUGGACGGGGAACCCCUUCGGAGUGCCGACAUCACUGUACAUAGCGAGAACAAUGAUGCAAAUUUUACCUCCAGUAUACUGACGAUGGUGGUCUCGGCUGGGAACGAUGGCUCCGAGCUGACCUGUCGGGCUUCGAAUCCGUGGUUCUCGAACUUUUCACUCGAGGACAAGCGGAUUAUCAACGUUGCAUACCAACCGGUCGUAUCGGUCCAUCUGGCGAACGAAGAUCCCAGCCGAGUCAUCACCCGGUCCGAGGGCGAAAACGUGACGCUCAAGUGCCGGGCCGACGCCCGUCCACCGGUGACGUCCUUUUCCUGGUACAAGAAUAAUAUGCGAAUGUCCGGCGAAAAUGGCGAAACGCUACACCUCACCCAACUGGAGCGGGAAAGUGCCGGCGGAUAUGCGUGUGCCGCCACCAACGACGAAGGCGAAUCCCGAAGCUCAUCGAUUACUUUGAAGAUUCAGUUCGCUCCUCGCUGCAAACCGGGAACCGAGCAGCAAACGAUCGGCUCGCUCAGCAUGCAAUCGCAGGUCGUCAAGUGCGAGGUGGAUGCCGAUCCUCCGGAUGGAGUACGCUUCAGUUGGACGUACAACAGUACCCGGAACGUUUCGCCGGUGUUGAACUCGCGCAUCAACUCCCACGGACUGGUUAGCACCAUGAACUACCUGCCGCAGAUCGAUGCCGAACUGGUGACGCUGCAGUGUUGGGCCUCGAACAGCGUCGGCCGGCAGAUGAUGCCCUGUUUGUUCCAUAUACUGCCAGCAAAAACCCCGGAUGCACCACGGAACUGCGAGCUGCACAACGACACCGAACUGGAGGUGGUCUGCCAAGCCGGUAGCGACGGUGGCCUGGCGCAGCACUUCCUGAUGGAGGUCAUUGGGGGCGCUCCGCCACCCAUGUUCAGCCUCGACUACACCCGAAGCCCACCGACCGAGAUCGAUAACGAAAUCUCCACCAUGAACGAUCAGGCCACCCUAGCGCCGCUGUACCGGAUCACGCAGAACGAGCCACACUUCAAGCUGCACAGUCUGGAACCGGGGCGGAUCUACCAGCUGCUGGUGUACGCGGUCAACGCCAAAGGCAAGAGCGAUUCGGCGUACGUGUUCGAUAACGUGCGGGCCGGGAGUGCGGCCGCGCUGAUACCACCGUAUGUGGACGAAACCAUCAUCUCAGAGGAUCCCACCCCGGCGGAAACGUCCAACGCCGACAAGCAGAAGCAGCACUCGCAGAUGGUGAUGUUUGCGGCGGUGGCAGCCGCGGCCGGAGUCGUCAUCACCUCGGUCAUCGUCGCGGGCUUCGUCGCGAUAUGCAGGCUCAAGCGACCGAAACCACCGGAACCGCAGGAGGUGCGGAAGCGAAUGCGACCUGCCAGGACCGAUGUGCCAUCGAUGUACGCCGAGGACGAUGUGUUCGAGGACGACUUCCAGCGGCAACCGGGCGAUCCCCGGUGCAGUCGAGCUUCCUCCACCCUGCGGAGCAGCCGGUACAUCUCCGAGGGCUUUGUACAGUAUUCGCAGCCUAGUCUUAAUGUCUAUAUUGCAGAUCCGGACCUGAUCCUGCCGCGUGGAGGUGAAAUCGAGUUCACAACCCUGGCCGGAGCCUAGCAGUGCGCCCCCCACCUGGUCGACGUCGGCGGCGGCGGUGGCGGUGGUGGGGUCAGAAUCAGCGAAUCUGCGGCGGUUGCACCGGCUGCCAUCAUCAUCGUCGACCAGAAACCACCACAGGUGCUGUAAAUAGUGUGUGUAAGCUGCCCUCCUUCCUUCCAGGGUUACCCGCGCAGCAAUCCAGGAAAUGGAGAACCUUUGUCCCCUUUUGUCAAGCUAGCUCAAAACCGUUGUCGGACAGGUGUCAUUCUUGGAAAAUAAUGUCGAUUCUGGUCAUCGAGUUGUUGUACGAAAAUAUGAGAAAACUUCUCUAAAAUUCAGUUAGAUUGAAUGACAUUUUUAUUUGGCUUAAAUAUAGGAAUUUUCCCAACAUUCUACCCAACAUUCUCAAAAAAAUUAUUUAGAAAUUUUCAAAGUUUUGCACAAAUUAUGUGAAAUUCAAAUCAGUUGUGUUAUUAAAAAAAAAUGCCAAAGUUCAGCUUUUUGUACCAAACUUUUCAGUGAAAUCGACAUUAUUUUCGACAGAACCCCCACCUUUUCCCCGCAUUCAUCGUGUAUUUGUAGUGAGGGUAAUUUUAAAAACCAUUUGCGAAUCGAAUGUACGGUUGUGGUGUGCGAUAUUAAGCUCGAAACUAGAUAAACGUGGAAUCAAAACAAAACUUUGUCUUUUCUGGGCACGGUUGGGAAGCGAAUCCACUGCGCUGCUACCUACGAUGAUCAAAAGUAAGAAAUUUAAACAAGAGUAUGAAAAAACUGUUAUUCACUGCCCCUCCGAACGGAAAACGGCUUCGGAGUCGUGGGGUUAGUGGUUUUUUGAAGUUUUGGAAGCAGAUGGGACACCACUAAUCCAGAAAACUAUUUAUAAUAUUUGAGUAGAUUUAUUUUUUAGUCUAGCAAAAUCUCAAAACAAAAGUGCAGAUGAUUUAUUAAACAGAAGCAAGUUAUUGUAUAAACUAUUGUUAAGCGGAGCGAAGUUCAACCCAAAAAACCGAAGCGAUCGAUGUAAAAUAAAAACCCAGUUUAAAACCAAUGAGAAAAUCAAACAAACAAUUAUGCAAAGAUACAAACCUAGGUAAUGAUUUUAGUUUAGUCGCAGAUAUUUUUUAUAAAAAAAAAUGAAAAUGACAUCUUUAAAGGAAGUGAUGAGAGCAAAAAAUCCUAAAAACUGAGAAAACAACCAACAAACGGGAAAGAAGGAAUUACAUACAGUAAACAAACAAUCAAAAUAAUUUCGUUUAAUGAAAUACAAGCCAUGAUUUUUU